AUGCAAAUCUUGAAGGUUGGGAGAGCACAGAAAAGUCGGAAAAAGGAUUGCAUGGUGGUGGAAGAGAAAGGUACAGAAUAUUGGGGAAGUACACUUCAAAAAGACAGAGAAGGCUGGACCACCACUGUGAUAGCCCAUCGUUUGUCCACAGUUCGCAAUGCUGAUGUCAUUGCUGGUUUUGAUGAUGGAGUCAUUGUGGAGAAAGGCAGUCAUGAUGAACUCAUGAAGGAGAGAGGCGUUUACUUCAAACUUGUCACAAUGCAGACAAAAGGCAAUGAAAUAGAAUUAGAAAAUGCAGUUGCUGAAUCCAGUGGUGAAGUAGAUGCCUUAGACAUGUCUCCAAAAGAUUUAGGAUCCAGUCUACUAAGAAGAUCCAUUCGCAAGAGUAUCAAGGGACCACAAGGCCAAAAGAGAAAGCUUAGUACAAAAGAGAGCUUGGAUAAAAAUGUACCUCCUGUUUCCUUUUGGAGGAUUGUGAAGCUGAAUAUAACCGAAUGGCCUUAUUUUGUGGUUGGCAUAUUUUGUGCCAUUAUAAACACAGGUCUGCAACCAGCAUUUUCAGUAACACUUUCAAAGAUGAUAGGGGUUUUUACCAAAGUCACAGAUCCUGAAACCAAACGACAGGACAGUGACAUGUUUUCACUCUUGUUUCUAACCCUUGGAAUUAUUUCAUUUAUUGCCACUGAAGCAAUAGAAAACUUCGGAACUGUUGUUUCUUUGACUUGGGAGGAGAAGUUUGAAUCCAUAUAUGACCAGAGCUUGCAGAUACCAUACAGUAACUCUUUGAGGAAGGCACACAUCUUUGGAAUCACUUUUUCCAUCACCCAGGCAGUGAUGUAUUUUUCUUACGCUGCCUGUUUCCUGUUUGGUGCCUACUUGGUACAACAUGGCCACAUGGACUUUCAGGAUGUUCUCUUAGUCUUCUCAACUAUUGUCUACGGCGCCAUGGCCAUGGGGCACGUCAGUUCAUUUGCUCCUGACUAUGCCAAAGCCAAAGUGUCUGCAGCACACCUCAUCGUGAUCAUUGAAAAGACCCCUCUGAUUGAUAGCUAUAGCACCACAGGCCUAAAGCCGAAUACAGUGGAAGGAAAUCUGACAUUUAAUGAAGUCAUGUUCAACUAUCCCACUCGACCAGACAUCCCAGUGCUUCAGGGGCUGAGCCUGGAGGUGAAGAAGGGUCAGACCCUGGCCUUGGUGGGCAGCAGCGGCUGUGGGAAGAGCACGGUGGUCCAGCUCCUGGAGCGGUUCUACGACCUCUUGGCUGAAAAAGUGCUAAUUGAUGGCAAGGAGAUUAAAGAACUGAACGUCCAGUGGCUCCUAGCACACAUGGGCAUCGUGUCCCAGGAGCCCAUCCUGUUUGACUGCAGCAUUGCUGAGAACAUCGCCUAUGGGGACAACAGCCGGGUCGUGUCCCAGGAGGAGAUCGUGCAGGCGGCCAAGGAGGCCAACAUCCACCCCUUCAUCGAGACACUGCCUGAUAAAUAUAACACCAGAGUGGGAGACAAAGGAACGCAGCUUUCUGGCGGCCAGAAACAGCGCAUUGCAAUAGCUCGUGCCCUUGUCAGACAGCCUCUUAUUUUGCUUCUGGAUGAAGCUACAUCGGCUCUGGAUACACAAAGUGAAAAGGUUGUCCAAGAAGCCCUGGACAAAGCCAGAGAAGGCCACACCUGCAUCGUGAUCGCUCACCGCCUGUCCACCAUCCAGAAUGCAGACUCGAUUCAGAAUGGUAAAGUCCGGGAGCAUGGCACACACCAGCAACUGCUGGCACAAAAAGGCAUCUAUUUCUCCAUGGUCAGCGUCCAGGCUGGAGCAAAGCGCUCAUCAACUCAGCUCCCAGCACAGAAACUGACCGAAAGUCCGGGGCCUUGGCUGCGCCGAGCCCGGCCGGUCUCAGGACGCUCUGGGCCGCGGACGCGCCGGGCGCCGCAGCGGCUGGAGCUCCAGCCCGUGGUCUCCGGGACCCACAGCGGCUCGCGCUCCCCGCAGCCCUCAGCCCGGUGCGCCGGCCGCCCCCGCCCCUCUCCCCGAGCGGCGGCCGCGUCGUACCUGCACACGGUGAUCAGGCCCCUCAAAUCCAAUCACACACACCUGGCAGCCACUCUCGCCCCAGCCGCGGCCGCUCAGCCCCGCCCUCCCAUCGCCUGUCGGGCGGACCCCGUCUAG